AUGAAUGCUUUUCAGGUUUGCUCCGUGGAGUCGAUCGAAGCGUUCGCAGCCUCACAAGAACAGCAAGGAGUGACUACCUACAUGAACACCUGGAAGGAUUCUUUGCACUGUCAGCACUACCGAAUUCACAGCGAGGAGUACGAGAAGUGCUGUCUUGACUUCGUAAGGAACCACGACACCACCGAUCACAAUGCGAAUCAGCCACUCCUCAUCGAGGCGUCCAACUGA